AUGGUCUUCGUCAAGUUUCUUCUCGCGACUGCAGGCUUGCUAGAGAUAGUCCAUUCAGCAGUGCUCCCUGGCGUCAAAACAGUACUUGUCAACAACAUUGUCGUUCCCAAGACGAAGUCAGACUUCACGAAGAACAAUGCAACCGCAAAAUGGGCAUCGGGUUAUCCCAAGGAGUGGGGUUUCGAAGACUUCCACUAUCAACUCAAUAUACCGGAUCCAGAGGACAACUUCAACGCUGUAGUCACCAACGACGAAAAGUACCUCGUCAUAACCAACGGAUCGUACGUCGAAUUCAUUGACCUGGACAAGAACGCUACAGCGUCCGGCUUUAUCUUUCAGGUGCCAGACAAGCAGUUCGCGGUGGGUCUUACUGUCCGACCGGCCACACAAGGCGGCUACGAUGUGUUCACUGGCAUCGGGACAUACAAAUACGACACCCCGAAUACAACCAUACGUCAACACGUCGGGUCAGAUCUGAAACCGGUUGGCCAGCCUAUCGUUUACCAAGGCUCCAUCGGCGCCAUCAGCAAGCAAGGCAAGCUAGUCUCCCCAUACGGAUACGUGUACGAUCUAGAGACCACCAGCAACACUCCAAUUGCCACGUUGAAGGGUCAGCCUGACCUCACCGACUUUAGCUUCGCGCCUGACGGCGUUCAUCUGGCAUCUGUGAGCUGGCACGAAGAGACAGCUGAUCUGUGGAAUGCGACCUCGGGCGAGAAGAUCUUCUCGUUCCCUGCGACCAAAGCGCAGAAUUGGCUCACUCGCUUCUCUCCAGAUGGCAAGUACGUCGCUUUUGCGCUCGGGAGCAGUAACAAUACCGUCCAGAUCUACACUCUCACUAAUCUCACCGCUGCACCCAUCGAAAUCAAGGGCUUCAACGACUGGCCGCGAUAUUUGGACUGGAGUCCUACAAGCAAACAGAUUGCCAUCGGCGACGACGGCAGGCUGCGCGUCUACAAAGUGCCAUCAAAAGAGGUCACUCAGAUCUGGCAAGUAGAUGCUACUAACGACUAUUACACUGCAACAGAAGUCACAGGUAUCUCGUGGCUCGAUAACGGUAACAAGAUCACCUGGCAGUGGCGCGAUGGAAAAUACCUCUAUGAUUUCGAAUCGAACACCGAGUGGCUCUGGACAGUUAGUAACGAGGAUCAUUCAUGGGGACCAUCUGCUUUCUAUCUUCUGAAGAAGAAAGGAUAUGCUGUGACUGUAGAUGGAGACUCUACAGUGCGCUUUUGGAAGAUAUGA